AUGGAUCGCUUUCAGGACACACCCACACCACGCAAACCCGAUCUAUUAUCGCGAGAGGAUAUCGACGAGGUUCUGCGACAACGCCGCGACAACAGGACCCCCCGGGCCUGCUACCCGUGCCAUCAACGCAAAGUCAAGUGCAACUACGUGAAGCCCUGUCAAACCUGCCUCGAUCGAGGCUAUCCCGAGAUCUGUAUCUAUGACGCCCCUCGUGCAAAGUCGUUUCCCGACACGGCGACCACCUCGUCAUCUUCUGCCGCCGCCAGCACCACCACCCCGGCCCCGUCAGACGAACCCGUGCUGGCACAGAAAGUCGCCGUGUUGGAGCAGACGCUAUGGAAGAUGAGAGACGACAUCGACCGGGUCCUCGCCACAUGGACCCCGCGAGCAGAGCCGUCCACCGUGGCCGGGCAGCAAUCACGACCAAGUCCUCCCAGCAGGGAUGCGACGUGGUGGACAGGUCCGGCUCCAGGGCCAAACACGCGGGGCACUGGUCAGCCGGUACACCUGGGACAGCGUCUUGCGCAGCAGCCGCCGUCGGUGGUCGCAACAACAGGUGCAAACCUCACGGGCUGGGCCCAGGACAUCUCGAACCAGGAGAUCCUCUCCAUCUUCGCGCUGGAGAACCAGUCGGUCACUUACCCCUUUUCAGCGCUGUGGGGGUUGCACAACGAGCCGGCGUCGAGGUUUCAGAGCCUGUGCGAAUUACUCCCCGACGACGUCGAGUGCCGCAGCCUCUUCACCUGCUACAGCGACACCGCCCACGCCGUGUUCCCAGCCAUCCCCGACCUCGACCAAUUUCAGAGUGAUCUCCACGCAUUCCUGGCCCGCCGGCCAGACACCACCCACACGACACCCCUCUCAGAGGCGGACCCGGAUCAACCACCACCGCAUGCGGAGCUCGGCGGCAGAGACCUGCACUGGCUCGGCCUGCUUUUUGCCUGUCUGGCCUCAGGGUGCCAAUACUCGACGCUUCCAUGCGAAGAACGGCGCUGGAAAUCGCGCGUUUACGUCUGCUGCGCCUACGAAUGCUUGCGAUCGACCAAUUACCUCGGAUACCCGACUCUGUUCGACGUGCAGACCAUGUUGGUCAUUGCCGAUGUCAUGGCCAACAGUCUCGAUGCAGGGGUGGCAUGGUGCUUUGAGGGACUGACCAUCCGACUGGCACAAAGUCUGGGACUUCACCUCGAUCCGCCCCUGUCUGCCCCCGACAGUCUACAAAGACUGCGCAGGGAAUUAUGGUGGCGCAUCAUAUGGCAAGAAAGCUCACUUGCCUUAGCCUUCGACCGACCGUCGACACUUCAGAUCCAGAGAGUGACCGGGACUCCUGGCACCAACGACCUCUCCUACAACGAUUGCAUGAAGCAGAUCUGCCAGAUCGGCCUGGAGAUUGUGCGGGACCGUUCCACCAGAGGAGCCGGGCAGUUCAGUUUGGAAGACAUAUCGCGGUAUCGGGUGGUCCUCAACGACAUGUCCCAGGAGGCGGCACCGUACCUCAAAGAUGCGACGCUCUGUCACACCACCAAAGCGCGACUCGAAUACUGGAGCUUAUAUCUACACCGGUCCUACGUCAACGCGGAGCUGUACCGGACGUUUCUUCGAGACCGCAGCUCCAGUCCGGACGACAUGGACGCCUACGUGCGAUGUCUGAGCGGCACCGUCACCGGUUUCCUGCACCUACAGGUCAUUGCCCCGGCGGUCAAGCAGUCAUCAAUCUUCGUGCAGAGGGCGCUGAGCUCGGCCCUGAUGUUGUGCACCAUGGACGACCUUGCCCGGACGAGGUCGGUCCAGUACCUGGUGCACAACUUCAUCUCGGUCAUGGAAAGCCCCUGCACGCAAUGCGCCGAGGCACACCUGCCCACCCCCUUCUCCAAGUCCAUUGCCAAACUACACGAGAUGGCUGCGACGCGGUGGAGUUCGGAUCUCUCCAACCUGUCGAUUGUUGGGAUGUCCCAAACGGCCGGGAUUGAGAGUCACGAGCAGCUGAAUUGA